UGGGGCUGCCCGGGAGUGGGGCACCAGCCGCAUAAAGUCCAUCUCUCUAGUGGGACUUGUGUUUAUAGUGCAUACGCACAGCGAUCGACAGCAGCAACUUUCACAAUGCAGUCCUUGACCUGGUGUUUGGUAUUGGCGGGAUGCCUCGCUCUCGCACAGGCUCAUUCGUAUCACAUGGGUGCUUGUCCCAUUGUGGAACCUGCGCAGGGUUUCCAGAUGAGUAGAUUCCUAGGCCUGUGGUACGUCAUCCAGAAAACGUCGACCGGCAGCAAGUGCAUCACUUACAACUACACGCGGGGAGAGGAGCCGGGCGAGUACGUGAUAACGCAGGACUCGGAUCAUCUGAUCUUAGGUCUUACGCCAUUGAAGCACGAGUAUCAUUAUACUGGCCAGCUGACUGUACCCGAACCGAGUACUCCAGGACGUAUGGAGGUCCGCUUUCCUCUCAAUGUGGCCGGAAGCGCGUCCCAUGUGGUAUUCUUGACGGAUUACGACACCUACGCCGGUAUAUUCACGUGCCAGAAGCUGGCGUUCGCCCAUCGACAGAGCGCGACGAUCCUCUCGAGGACCAGGACACUGGAUCAGGCGGAUGUGGACAAGAUACGUCAGCGGUUGGGCCAGUACGGCGUCGACCCGUACGACCUGAGCAUUAUCGCGCAGUCCGGCUGCUCGCAGGGCAACAAUACCGUGGACAUCAACAUCGAUCCCAACACCUUCACUUCGGAGAACCUCGGCAACGUGGUGCGCAAAGCGGGCGAGAAGAUCGGCGACGGCUUCCAUUGGAUCGCCGAGACUGGCAGCCAGGUCUAUCACAAGAUAGCCGGGACAGAGGAGGAGCCGACGACGACAGAGCGAAACAACCGCGCUACGAUAAACGGCGAGAGAUUGGAGACCAACGACGUGGAGUGGAUUCCCUAAAAAAACUCAACAGAGCGAACUCGUCAAUUACUUUUUACGUCAUUUGCGAUCUCGAUGCAAUCAGUCCUUAUUACUCGUCCGAUAGAUCUAUUAAGGCCAUUCUUUUAGUGCAUGUUUGACCUUCAACCAUUUUACUUGAUUGCGACGUAAAACGAAUUUAAAACGUAAAUUUAAUUGCGACGGAAGAGAAAGGAAUCGUCAUAGAUUUAAUCUCUUAAAUUAUGGAUGAUUUAAAAAAUGCGAAUACGCGUUUCUGAUAAUAUGUACAUUAAAUCUGACAUUCAAUAAAACUUGAAAACGAAAGCA